GCCUUUUCUCUCUCUCUCUCUGUCACAUACACAUGCUCUCUCUCAGGUCUUAGGACUCUCUUCUGUGGUUCUGACACCUGAGUAAGACACACUCAUCUUCUUAAGGAUGGCCUGGAAUCACACUGUCCUGCUCACACUGCUGCCCACCGUCCUCAUUUUAAUUGUGCUGGCAGGGGUUGAAAGUGCAGCCGUUAAAGAUGGAAAAGACAGUGAAGCUAAAGGCGCAUCUAAACGAGUUUUCAUGCCAGCAUCUGAUGCCUCAAACUUCUUCAAACGCCGUGGUCGCAGAUCCCCAAGAACUUAUGAAGAGUACUAUGCAGAGCAAAGGGUGAAGAUGGCUACAAACGAGCGAAGGAGGGAGCACUAUGAAGAACAAAGCAAUGAAUACGAGGACUAUUUAGAGGAGGAGCGCAAUGAACAGAUCGAGAGGACCAGAGAGAAGAACGAACAGUGGAGAGAAUUCCAAUAUGAUGGGCAAUACCCACGAUACCCUCACCACCGGCCAUACGUCUGAGCACAUGAGCACAAGCAAUGCCUCGAAAGUGGAUCUUCAGUUGAGGAAUACUUUCAUGACACUAUUAUUCAAAACAUAUAUGCACUUAUAGACUUACAGCUCUUAAUGCUAUGGAACCCCUAAAGGGAAAUGGGAGGAAAAAUGUGUUUUGGUAAAAUGCGUCCGCUCAAAAUGUUCUUGUUCACCUGAGAAACUUUGCGUCCGCUCAAAAUGUUUGCAUUCCCCUAAGAAACGUUGUUCGCUCGCAAAAUGUUUUGCGAGGAAGCGCAAAGUUUCUCAGGAGAACGCAAAUAUUUUGCAAGCGAACGCAGAUUCUUGGGGGAAUGCAAAAGCUUUAAAAUACAGUUUUCCACCACAUUUCCCUUUAGUACAGAGCCCCUAAAUUAACAUGUUGAUUAAAAAAAAAUACAUGAAAUGAGAUGAGGAAAAAUUGUGUUAAUGCUUUUGCAUUAUAAAUCAAUAUUAUCAAUAGUGAUAUUAUAAUGUAUCAACAUUAUAAAACUUUUUUUCCACCUCCACGUUAGGGGCUCCGUAUAAUACAAAUAGGCUAUAAUAAAAAGGGUUUGUUUGGAA